UUCUAUUUACUGUGAGUUGCAAAUGCCAAGAUGUAAAUUUACCUAAACAUCCCGCGCGGAACAACAUGGACUACCAAUUUUUAAAACGGAAACUCGUUCCUGUGUGGUACCAGCAGCGCAAUCCGUGGGAGGACCUCGUUAAGAUUAAGGUGUCGACGUCUUCCGUGGAAAAUACGGAUCUGCCGACGACGACGUGGGAAACUGCAUCUGACACCAUUGUAUCCAGACAAAAUUCAGAUUUUAAUGAAGGAAAAGAUACGAUAUACUCCCUGGUCGCAGUGUCAAUUGGUGUGAUUCUCCUACUUGUUGUCAUCGCUCUAAUUGCCUUCAAAAGACGUAAGACCAAAAUUAAAGAUGAAGAGCAUGUGUCCAGCAUAUUGGUGUAUCCGUCGCAGCAGGGCUCCUCCAUACCUCAGUUACUAACAAAAGAUAUCGACUUCAGUCUUCCACCCCUACGCAGCACCUCAUUAGGAGAUCUGAACGAGCCGGAACGUGACGACGAUUCCGAUUACGAUACCGACACCUUACUCUUACCAAGCAGUCAUAAUCAACGCUCGCACUCGUUUAGUAAGUAA